AAUUACAGGCUCCAGGAAACUCGCUGCUGCGGAGGCAGCGAUCGCGUCGCUCCCCUCCGAAAUUGAUCCAUCGUCCAAGAUCGUCCCCGUCCAGCUGGAUAUCACGGACGACGCCUCGCGCGCCGCUGCGUUCCGGACGGUCUCUGAAUACGUAUCGGGCGAGGGGCUGGAUGUUCUGAUCAACAAUGCGGGGAUUGGUGCCUUUACCACAGACUCGACCAACACGAUGCGGGACAUCUUCGAAGUGAACGUGCUCGGCACCGCUGCGAUCACCGAGACGAUGAAGCCCCUGCUGAACAAAAACGGGGCGAUCAUCAACAUCACGUCGUCCGCCGGCUCCUUCGCGAUCUACUCCGCCUCAGUUCGCAAAAUUCUGCCCUUGGGUUUCCUUUUUUGGAAGCACCAUAUAAGGCAGUCGCCGGCCGACAGCAUGUGAUAGGCACCGAAAUUUCGCCGAAAAUCAUUCUUUAUUGAAUAAGCAGAGUAAAAAUACAUGAAACAAGAUCCAAGUGUUAGAAACAAACUUAGAAUUGAAAUAAUGAGUCUUUUAGAGUUCA